AUGCUGAGCGCUAUCUUGUGCUAUCUAUACGAUGAAGAGCGUUUUAUGCGAAAUCGAAGAAAUCUUACGGGAGAGACAUACCACAUUAGAUUCUGCAAAGAUUUGAAUGAGUACGACACCCUCCAAUCGGUUCGUAAAACGUUUGAUGCCGACUACAACAGUUGGACAAUGAUAGCUGUUGUUAGAGACCCGCUGGAAAGAUUUGUUUCCGGAUUUGCUGACAAAUGCUUGAGGGAGAAAGUGUGGAAGAAGUUUCCUGAUCGUUGUAAUCGAUGCAAAACAAAUCUAACGUGCUUUAUGGAGAGACAGUAUGUGAGGAUGAUGCGAUGGAAAUCAGUUUACAAGGUCCGCGCUUCCCCAGAUUUUGACGACGAUCACUUUUUCCCACAAAAUUGGCGUUGCGAAUUCCCUUCUCACUUCCACGACUACCACAAGCUGCACUUGGAUACUUCACAGCCAUUUAUGUUUAUCGAUAAGCUACUUUCCAUAUUGAGGAAUAACAACGUCUCCAACACUGCUGUUGAAUAUAUCAGGUCAUCGCUCACUUCCGGAAGGACCGUACAUAGUACGGUAGAUACUGUUGAACGAAAGCAAACGAAGGAGUUACUUCUUUCUAACAAUUACCUUAGAACUCUGCUUAUCAGGAUGUAUUUUUAUGACUUUGUCCUGUUUGGAUAUCGUGUUCCACGAGAAUUCAGUAGUUGA